CCAUCGACCAAGAUGAGCGGUCGAUGUUCCCUCUUUGGCGCGCAUCUCGAUUCGUGAGCAUCCUCUUGAUUGGCACCGUCAAUCUCAACCUCACACCAUCCUUGGCGCGGUCAGCGCAUCAAGACGCAUGCUUGGCACCAUUCGAGCUCUCUCCAGCCUGAUCAUUUGUCGGUGCCCUGGCUUGGCUUGACGCAGCCCUCCGCUGCUUCACUCCCCCUCUGGUGGUCAUUUGCAAAGCGCGGCUUAGCGCUGCCGGCAGAGCUCUUGACUCUCCUCUUUCCCAUUGCGAGCUGGGGUGGCGCACGACGAGACAAGUCUGGAGAAACGCAAGGCAGUGAAGACGAUGGUUCAGGCUACGCUGGCCGAGGCGAAGGGUGCACCAAAAGCAGUCGGCGAUGGGUCGAUGGAGGCAAAGCCGGCCAGCUCGAUGGAGAUUCAAGCAGCCAUGCAGCAGCUCUCUCAGAUAUCUGCGCUGCUGUCCUCGCCAGGAGCCUUGGAAGCCGCCGCAGCUGCCAAUGGAGCUCCUCCUCCCCCGCCAUCUGAUCGACCUACGCGCGGAUUGAUGCACGCCUUGCCCUCCCUCUUGGCGCCACUCGCUGCUCUACCUCCAGCAGACGCUCAGAGCAUCGCAGUCCCCAUGCCGAUGGGCGUACCUAUGGUGGGGGCACCAAAUGACUUUCCACCCGUGAUUCGACUACCAGCAAGACAAGCGGCCCUGCUCGCUCGCAGAGCAGAAUUCAAUCCCACCGAUGCCCUGGGCAGGGCAGCGGAAAUGACUCGCAUCGCUUCGACACCCGAAGCUCAGGCCGCUUUUGAAUUGGUAGAGCGGCUGGACAAACAGCGCACAAAAGAGCAGAAAAUCAAGGAUAUCUUGGACGGACGGAAGAGGAGAGCCGAGCUCAAGAGGAAACAGGUCGAGGAGAGACCAUCAUGAAUGGCGAUGCUCCUCGCUUCCAUGACGAUGGCCCUUUGCUAGCUGUGCAAGUUCACCCUUGCAUCUCGAUUGCUCAGCUCCGUCGCUGCAACGUUU